CUUCCCUCUCCAGGUGCGGAAGUGCUUACUGUUGAGUUUGUUGCUGAGAGCGUGGAGUUGGCUGCAUAUCUAGUUUCUGUGACUUCUUCCUGAAUUCUGCAAAGGAUUCUCAGACGCCCUCAAGCAUCACAAUGGAGACAGUGACCUUUGAGGAUGUAGCUGUGAAUUUCACCCUAGAAGAGUGGGAUUUGUUGUCUCCAUUCCAAAAGAAGCUCUACAGAGAUGUGAUGUGGGAAACAUAUAUGAAUAUUACUGCAGUAGGAAGAAUAUUGUAUAACCAGCAAAUUAAAGAAGAGGACAAAAAUUGCUCAAGAAAUCUAAGAUAUGAUGAAAACAAUUGUUUGAGAAUUGAACAACAGCAAUAUAAUUAUAAUGAAGAUGUAGAGACCUGCAGUGACUUCCAGUCCUUUCAGAAGCAUGAAAUGAGGAAGACUACAAAAAUACCCUGUCAAUAUGGGCAAUAUGAAGAGGUCAGAUCUGAUCUUAGCGAAGAAUCUCACACUGGGCAGAAAAUCUUUGUAGGUAACAAAAGUGUGAAAGCCGACAUAACACCUAACAGUGUUCAAAUCCAUGAGACAAACCACAGUUUGGGAAACUCAUAUGUACAAAAACACUAUGAGAAUAGUUCUAUUUCUUCAUCCAAUAUUGAAAAACCUGUUAGAAAGUAUGGUAGAGAGAGACAUCAUAUAACUGAGAAAUGUGCAAAAGCAUUAUCUCACAGUAAUUUCUUUAAAAAACAUAAGAAACUUCACACUGGAAAGCAAUCAUAUGAAUGCAAGCAAAAGGGUAAAGUAUUCAAUAAACUCAGUAGCUGUCAAAGAAAUAAAAACAUUCACACUGGGCAGAAUGCCUAUGUAUGCAACAAAUGUGGCAAAGCAUUCAGUACAGCCUCUAAAUGUAAAGAACGUGAUAGAACUCACACUGGGGAGAAACCCUUUGUAUGUAAGCAAUGCGGGAAUUCUUUCAACCAAAAGGACAGGCUUAUUACACAUGAAAGAAUUCACACAGGGGAGAAACCCUAUGUAUGUACCAAGUGUGGGAAAGCAUUCAGUAGAGCCUCUGCUUGUAAACUACAUGAUAGAUCUCACACUGGGGAGAAACCUUUUGUAUGUAAGCAAUGUGGGAAAUCUUUCAAUCAGAAGUCUAGCCUUAUUACACAUGAAAGAAUUCACACAGGGGAGAAACCCUAUGUAUGUACCAAGUGUGGGAAAGCAUUCAGAACAGCCUCUGCUUGUAAAGACCAUGAUAGAACUCACACUGGAGAGAAACGUUUUGUGUGUAAGCAAUGUGGGAAAUCUUUCAAUCAGAAGUCUAACCUUAUUAAACAUGAAAGAAUUCACACAGGGGAAAAGCCCUAUGUAUGUACCAAGUGUGGGAAAGCAUUCAGAACAGCCUCUGCUUGUAAAGACCAUGAUAGAACUCACACUGGAGAGAAACGUUUUGUGUGUAAGCAAUGUGGGAAAUCUUUCAAUCAGAAGUCUAACCUUAUUAUACAUGAAAGAAUUCACACAGGGGAGAAACCCUAUGUAUGUACCAAGUGUGGGAAAGCAUUCAGUAGAGCCUCUGCCUGUAAACUACAUGAUAGAUCUCACACUGGGGAGAAACCUUUUGUAUGUAAGCAAUGUGGGAAUUCUUUCAACCAAAAGGACAGGCUUAUUAGACAUGAAAGAAUUCACACAGGGGAGAAACCCUAUGUAUGUACCAAGUGUGGGAAAGCAUUCAGAACAGCCUCUGCUUGUAAACUACAUGAUAGAUCUCACACUGGGGAGAAACCUUUUGUAUGUAAGCAAUGUGGGAAAUCUUUCAAUCAGAAGUCUAACCUUAUUACACAUGAAAGAAUUCACACAGUGGAGAAACCCUAUGUAUGUACCAAGUGUGGGAAAGCAUUCAGUAUAGCCUCUGCUUAUAAAGCCCAUGAUAGAACUCACACUGGAGAGAAACGUUUUGUAUGUAAGCAUUGUGGGAAAUCUUUCAACCGAAAGUACAGUCUUAUUAGACAUGAAAGAAUUCACACAGGGGAGAAACCCUAUGUAUGUACCAAGUGUGGGAAAGCAUUCAGUAUAGCCUCUGCUUGUAAAGCCCAUGAUAGAACUCACACUGGAGAGAAACGUUUUGUAUGUAAGUAUUGUGGGAAAUCUUUGAACCGAAUGUACAGUCUUAUUAGACAUGAAAGAAUUCACACAGGGGAAAAGCCCUAUGUAUGUACCAAGUGUGGGAAAGCAUUCAGUAUAGCCUCUGCUUGUAAAGCCCAUGAUAGAACUCACACUGGAGAGAAAUGUUUUGUAUGUAAGCAAUGUGGGAAAUCUUUCUACCGAAAGGACAGGCUUAUUAGACAUGAAAGAAUUCACACAGGGGAAAAGCCCUAUGUAUGUACCAAGUGUGGGAAAGCAUUCAGUAUAGCCUCUGCUUGUAAAGCCCAUGAUAGAAUUCAUACUGGAGAGAAACGUUUUGUAUGUAAGCAAUGUGGGAAAUCUUUCUACCGAAAGGACAAGCUUAUAACACAUGAAAGAAUUCACACAGGGGAAAAGCCCUAUGUAUGUACCAAGUGUGGGAAAGCAUUCAGAACAGCCUCUGCUUGUAAAGACCAUGAUAGAACUCACACUGGAGAGAAACGUUUUGUGUGUAAGCAAUGUGGGAAAUCUUUCAAUCAGAAGUCUAACCUUAUUAUACAUGAAAGAAUUCACACAGGGGAGAAACCCUAUGUAUGCAACAAAUGUGGGAAAGCAUUUAGUAGUGCCUUUGCUUGUAAAGCACAUGAUAGAACUCACACUGGGGAGAAACCCUUUGUAUGUAAGCAUUGUGGGAAAUCUUUCAGUCAAAAGCCUUACCUUAUUAGACAUGAAAGUAUUCACACAGGGGAGAAACCCUAUGGAUCCACCUAGUGUGGGGAAGCAUUUAGAAGAGCUUCUGUUUGCAAAGCUUAUGAAAGAAUUGACAUGGAUAAGAAACACUUUUUAUCCAACAAAUGUGAGAAAGCAUUCAAUACAGUGUCUGGCUGUAAAUUACAUGAUAGAUUUCACUGUGGGGAGCAACCCCAUGUGUGUAAACAGUAUGGAAAAUCUUUCAGUCAAUGUGAUAUCCUUAGUAUACAUGAAAGAAUUCACACUGGAGAGAAACCUUUUGUGUGUAAGCAGGGUUUUAAAUCUCUCAAAGUUCUACCCUUGUUCAUGAAAGAACUCACAGUGGGUAGAACCUCUAUGUAUACAACCAAUAUGGCAAAGCAUUCAGUAUGCAGAGGUGCUAAAAUAAACCCUAACUAUGUAAGCAAUUUGGGAUGUAUGUAAGCAAUUUGGGAUGUCUUUCAGCUAUAGUGGUAGCUUUUGUGUAUAUGGAAGAAUUCACUCUGUAGAAAACCCUAACUAUAUGAGAAACGAGUACCUGAAUUUGUUGACAAAUUUGCACUUCAUAAACAUAAAAGAUCCUUGGGGAAAAAAGCCUAUGAACAUAAGGAAUGUAGGAAAACUUCCCACAACUAGAGAGAUCAUUGCUACAUAACAGAACUCCCUCUGUGUAGUAAAUGCGUAGGCAUUUCAACAAUGGGUGACAGCAUUUAUUGCACAAAAAUGCCAUCAAAUAGGAGAAUAAUGCACACAAGGAAGAAACUAUGUACGUAGGCAAAGUAGAAAAGAUAUGUUGCAGUUUUUCCCUUUUCCAAACAUAAGAUUCCUUCACACUAGGGAGUAACUGCACAUAAGAAAUAUUUGAAAAAAAUUUGAGAUGACAGAGGUGCUAACAUUCUGAAUGAUGUCAUAUUGUGGCCUGAGCCUAUGUAUGCAAUGUGGGGAAAGCAUUCAGUAUACAUAGUCAUUGUCAAUCCUGUGAAAAUAAUCAUAAUAAAAUGAAGUCAUAUGUACAUAAGUGACCAUUUUGAAAAUAACUCAUAAAUUACUCAUGGAGAGGAGACCUGUAAAAAUAAUGUAUAAUUAGUGCUGUAAAUAUAUGUUCACAGAAUUUUUGGAAAACACCCUUAAGCACAGAGUUAUUAAAAAAUGUUUUGUUUCUUUUUUUAUAAAUCACACAGAAAUAUCUGAUCUAUUUUUGUAGUCUUAAUAAAAAAGUACAGUGUUUAAAGGAAA